CCCACCGCUCUCCUGCCUGGAAGUGCUGACAGAUCAAGGCAACAAAUUUCAAUUACAAUCCCUAAUUUGUGUCCACAGAGUGCUUCUUACCCCUGUUAGUCCUCUCUGGCGCAUCAGUUGAGGCAGACCUCGGAGCAGCUGGAGGUGGAAGGGGUGGGAGCAAAGGAGUGCAUCAGUGAGAGAGAGCGUGCGGGAGACCCAGGGAAGGAGACUUGGCCGGCUCGUCGCCGGUUCCUCGGAUCCCAACACAAGCGAGAAAGAGGAAACGCCAAAUCUGUUUUUGCACGCAGUGGGGAAGGGGGCAGAUCUCGGGAGGCCCCGAGAGCCUUUUAGUUUUUGGUGGGGGAAGAGCGAGAGCGCGCGUGUGCCCGAGUGAGUGUAUAUGAGACAGGGGCAGGCGGGCGCGGGGCGGGGGGGAUGGCCGAGAAGCGAAGGGGCUCGCCGUGCAGCAUGCUAAGCCUCAAGGCGCACGCCUUCUCCGUGGAGGCGCUAAUAGGCGCCGAGAAGCAGCAACAGCUUCAGAAGAAACGGCGAAAACUGGGCGCCGAAGAGGCGGCGGGGGCCGUGGAAGACGGAGACUGCAGCCGCGGCGGCGGCGCGGGCGAAAAGGGCUCUUCUAAGGGAGACGAAGGCGCUGCGCUCCCUCCGCCGACUGGGGCGGCGUCCGGGCCCGCCCGGAGUGGCGCAGACCUGGAGCGCGGAGCCGCGGGCGGCUGUGAGGACAGCUUCCAGCAGGGAGCUUCGCCGCUGGCGUCACCGGGAGGCUCCCCUAAGGGAUCCCCGGCACCCGCCCUGGCCCGGCCCGGGAGCCCUCUGCCCUCCCCGCAGACCCCGCGGGUGGAUCUGCAGGGAGCCGAGCUCUGGAAACGCUUUCAUGAGAUAGGCACUGAGAUGAUCAUCACCAAGGCGGGCAGGCGUAUGUUUCCAGCAAUGAGAGUGAAAAUCUCUGGAUUAGAUCCUCACCAGCAAUAUUACAUUGCCAUGGAUAUUGUGCCAGUGGACAACAAAAGAUACAGGUAUGUUUACCACAGCUCUAAAUGGAUGGUGGCAGGUAAUGCUGACUCCCCUGUGCCACCCCGGGUGUACAUUCAUCCAGACUCGCCUGCCUCGGGGGAGACUUGGAUGAGACAAGUGAUCAGCUUCGACAAGCUGAAGCUCACCAACAAUGAACUGGAUGACCAAGGCCAUAUUAUUCUUCAUUCUAUGCACAAAUACCAACCGCGAGUGCACGUCAUCCGUAAAGACUGUGGAGAUGAUCUUUCUCCCAUCAAGCCUGUUCCAUCCGGGGAGGGAGUAAAGGCAUUCUCCUUUCCAGAAACUGUCUUCACAACUGUCACUGCCUAUCAGAAUCAGCAGAUUACUCGCCUGAAGAUUGAUAGGAAUCCAUUUGCUAAAGGCUUCCGAGACUCUGGGCGCAACAGAAUGGGUUUGGAAGCCUUGGUGGAAUCAUAUGCAUUCUGGCGACCUUCACUACGGACUCUCACCUUUGAAGAUAUUCCUGGAAUUCCCAAGCAAGGCAAUUCAAGUUCCUCCACCUUGCUCCAAGGCACUGGGAAUGGCGUUCCUGCCACUCAUCCUCACCUUUUGUCUGGCUCCUCUUGCUCCUCUCCUGCCUUCCAUCUGGGGCCCAACACCAGCCAGCUGUGUAGUCUGGCCCCUGCUGACUAUUCUGCCUGUGCCCGCUCGGGCCUCACUCUCAACCGAUACAGUACAUCCUUGGCCGAGACCUACAACAGGCUCACCAACCAGGCUGGCGAGACCUUCACUCCACCCAGGACUCCCUCUUAUGUGGGUGUGAGCAGCAGCACCUCCGUGAACAUGUCCAUGGGUGGCACUGACGGGGACACCUUCAGCUGCCCGCAGACCAGCUUAUCCAUGCAGAUUUCAGGAAUGUCCCCCCAGCUCCAGUAUAUCAUGCCAUCACCCUCCAGCAACGCCUUUGCCACUAACCAGACCCAUCAGGGUUCCUAUAACACGUUCAGAUUACACAGUCCCUGUGCAUUGUAUGGAUAUAACUUCUCCACAUCCCCCAAACUGGCUGCCAGUCCUGAGAAAAUUGUUUCUUCCCAAGGAAGUUUCUUGGGGUCCUCACCAAGUGGGACCAUGACUGAUCGGCAGAUGUUGCCCCCUGUGGAAGGAGUGCACCUGCUUAGCAGUGGGGGUCAGCAGAGUUUCUUUGACUCUAGGACCCUAGGAAGCUUAACUCUGUCAUCAUCUCAAGUAUCUGCACAUAUGGUCUGAUGAAGCCUUUAAGUUAAACAACAUUCGAAUCUGUCUAAUGUAUUUUCUUUCUUUUUCGUUUUUAAAAGCAAUGUGGAAAGAAACUCUCUGUAGCUUAUGAAAUGUAUGUAUAAUAGAAAAUGAAGGCUCACUGGUUUUUUUUUUUUUUACUUUCUCAUGGUGAGAUUGUAAUUAAAUAUAUGUAUGCUGUAUAUACAUAGCAUAUGAAGUAUCACAGCCGCUAUUGUUCCCCCUGCUUCAUCCAGUUGCUCAGAGUAUUGGCAUGAAUGUAGUAUGUUUAAGUUCUCAGACUCUUUUAAAAACAAGAUGGUAAACUUAAAACUUGGUAAUAAUACUAUCCAGAUGAACACUUAUAACUUAAUUUUUCAGAAAAAUGCUCUAAAUGGUUUCAUACUUCAGUGUUGAUAACCAGCAAUAACCAGAAUGUAGAGUCUUGUGAUUUCUGUUAUUUUUGGACAGUGUGAGUUAAAAUCUUAGUUUAGUUCUGGGGUAUUUGUAAUCAUGAAGGAUCAGCUUUUUCAUUCCUACUUAUUCUUAUUUACCACAGAUACUGUAUGACCUUGGGUCUAUAAAAAAUCAUAACCCAUAACAAUUAUUAUUUUCUUAAGUAAAGUAAAUGAGAGGCUUGUGAUUUUUAUUGUUUUGCACUUUCCAUUGGGCACAUAAGAGGUUCUUACUCAUCUGCAGAGAACAAAUUUCUAGGAUUUUGGAUUUUUUGCUUAUUUUACUUAUUAAAUAGACCAUUAAAGAAUGUUCUACAAACAUUUCUAAAUUCCAGUUUUCAGGCCAGGGGAGGAAUAUGUGAUACGAGUGGAAUGGCAAAAGGAAAAUAAAUCCACCUCAAAUUUAUUGAUUCCAAUGAGAAAUGUCUGUCUUUUAAAUCAAGAGUAAUAAUAUUAUUCACUAUAACUUAUGUUUUUGUAUAGUUUGUUUUUAAACUGAGAAUAUUUUUUUCCAUUUUGCUUUGAGCUUCCUGACCCAUGGUGUAUAAGUAAAGAAAAAUGCAUUUAUGCUAGUUAUUUAUAUCUUGUAAUUCCUACACAUUGAAUCCUUUUCACCUCCUUAACUUUGUUCCUCUGCCUGUGUUUUUCCCAAAACAGAUAGUUCCUAGGCCUGUAUGGUGUUAAAUAACUCGGUAAGGAAUUUCAGGAGGUUAUCUCCAGCAAUCCGUCUUUUUCGAGCUGUGGUGCAAAGGCCAAGGCCCAUUACUAUAAAGGCCCUCUUGGAGGACUAGGGAGGAAGAUACUAAUUAUGAUAAAGGAACUAUAAAACCAUUAACCUCAAUAGAAUUUGUAACCUCAGAACUGGAGAAAUUAAAAUCAGUAUUACAUUUUUUAAUUCCUAAAAUAAUAUAUGCACGGUUGAAGAGUUAAAAACAAGUAACUUUGAUAGCACAUUAUAAGAUAAAUUAAAAAGGCUAAGAAUACUUGAUGAGGCACAUUCCCCUUCUGAGGAGAAAGCAAAAUACAAUGUCUGUGCAUUGACCCAUUACAUUUCAUGUAUUGUAAGCGAAAGAACAUGAUUUCCUCUCAUUGCUAAACAGAAUUGCUUUAACUCAUCCCUGGAUCUGUUACAGCUCCUGAUUUGCUGUUUCACUUUGAAACAGCAUGGUUUGUUAAAUAUUUAGGGUGAUAUACUAUUGAAUUUACACAAGAUGGGACUCUUUUUAUACAUAUUAACACAUUUCCUUAUGGAUUCCGUAGCAGUUCAUCAAAUUAUUAGUCAUUUUUUAAUUUAAAAUUAGCUUGAAGGGGCAUGAAAUAUUUGAAAUAGGGAAAUAUUUGAAAUAGGUAGAUCUAUAUAAGAUUUUUGUGUAUGGCAUUAAUAGCUUGACAAAGAUUUGGGAAAAGGCAUUUUCCUCAUGAGAAUGAGUCCAUCUCAGCCAUAGUGCUUGAUAUAUAAUUCAAGAACAGAGAGUUUUCCAUCUUGAGAAAACAAGGAAAGUAAUGCUCUGUGCCCAUAUGUAUUAAUAAGAGUAUUUUCCUUUUUGUUGAUAAUUUCAGAUGAUACCAUAAUAUGAGUAUAAUUUUUUAUUAAUCUUUUUUUCUGGUAAAAUUUUAGCAAUAUUGUACAAAUGCUAUUUCUUUUAGUUUUUACUGUAAAUAUUAAUCACCAUGUCACUUCAGAGCCUAGCCUUUUAUUGCUGAAUUAAAUGACAUACAUUGAUAAUUAUACAUCUGUAUUUUAUUAAAAAUUACUUAAAAUUAUAUUAAAGUGUGUCAUUAAACCCUUU